AAGUGACCGAAAGAGAAGACGAGCUUCAAAUGGAAUGGACGAUCAGGGUUUGUGUAGAAGAUCAGUUUGAAUGUACCCGUCAAAUUCGACUUCUUGAAAAUGUCUUUAUUCCAAAUCCUGAUUGUUGGUCGGAGCCAAUUUUUGAAAUACAAGGAUUUUCUAUGCAAAGCUGGUUAUCUGAUAACAAUGUCACAUUAGGAGACAUGCUCGAAGAACAUCACGAUAAGCUGGCUGUAGACUUAGGCCUUGUCAAUAUGGUCUCGUCCCCAAUGUGCAACAUUACAACUUCAAUGCAAGAUUUUGAUUUUGAGUUCAUCAACUCAAGUUCAUCCAUUUACGAUCAAUCGUGUGUACGGUCUUCGACCGAUGAAUAUGUGGCCUGCUGUGUGUACUCAGAAGAACUUGACCGUUACCUUUGGGCCUCUUUUACGAUCGAACCUUGUCGAUAUCAGAUUAAUGUUCAACUGGAAAACCUUGCAUAUAACAUAAACACACUGGACUAUAUAUGGGGAACUCGUCAUGAGGUAUCCAUGAAAGGUGUUUGGAGCAUCAGAUUUCUGAUUCACAAUGUACAAACAAACAGAGAAUUUUCAUUGGAUGUGGACGUCAGAAUUUGUUUUGAGGAUGGAGCCUGUAACGGAACGUUUUUCUUGGCAGCGGAUUUUCGAUUGCCGUAUACAAAUUGUACAAAUACUACACAACCAUACCAAGAUAUCUCACAUGAUUUCUGGCUUCGUGAGGAAUGCUCUGCUUCUACAACAUCCACAGGAUGCACGUCAGUUCAUCUUCCAAAUGCCACCCGGGAUAUAUGUUUCCUUGAUGACGAUUGUCGUGGUUUAACUUGUUGUGCAGAAUUGUAUCUAGGGGAUGUAACACGAAAUGCGAUGUUUUCCAUCCGGUCUGAUUGUAAUGGAACUGCGCUGAACUUUAGUAUUGAAAGAAAAUCUUGGCAAACAAAUAUCCAGUCGAAGCCAGCAUAUAUACACCAAAACAUAAAGGACGCCAUUUUGUUAGACAUAACAGUCAAUAAUGACUCCCCGAUUACGAUAAAGGUAUCUGUAAACCUUACGUUGUGUGAAAAGAUAUCAGGCGAAAUAUCAUGUGUUGCAUUGCCAUACCUUAUUGAUCAACCACUUAAUGUACAAUGUUCCACAAGAAAACGGCGUAAAAGAAGUAUGCUUCCAGCCGAGUUCAGCAUCGAAGACAUCAAACUAAAGCUUAAAGAAUUGUUCGAGAAGGGAUCUUCAAACAAAGAAAUACAAUCUUAUAUCGAUGCACUUAAGAUUGUACAGAAAGCACAAAAAGCUAAAAAUAUGGCACCAGAAGAUGUCGAAGUCUUAGAUUCAACAAUUAAGCAGGCGAUGAAAGCACUUGGCUGGAACAACCCAGAAACGAUCAAACAUCAACCCGUUCCUGAAGGAGGAUAUACAUUUUCUUAUGAAAUUGGAGGCGCAGAGACAAUCUUGGAAAUGCUAGGCGAUUCAAAUUCUAUGAUUAGCAGAGCAAAUCAAUUAUUUAUUGUCGGCAAAGGACUUUCCAAACUUGGUACAGAGCUACUUGGUGCACAACUGGCCAAUAUGACCAUCGGGGAUAUUGAGUCUUUACUCCAUACCAAGAAAGUGGAUCCAUUCAAAAUCCGUGACAUAGUUAAAGCCUUUAUAGAUCUAGCAAGAGUAUUGUAUUCAGAAGUUAUGGAGAAAUUACUUUCGGGAAGUUAUAAGAAUAUAUUUGAAUCAUUUGAACUUACUCUAAAAGGGACAUUUAGCUUUCCAAAGAAAAAUAUACGCUUUUUCCCAGAACCUUGGUAUCAGUCUAUUCCUCUUGGUGGAUUUUUGGAAAUAACUCUUGAGUUCGAUGCCUGGGGUUACUACGGAUUAGACGUCGGUUGGCAGGCAAAGAUAAUAAGCAGAUCAGCUGGAGCAACUUUACUCCCAUAUGCCGGCUUAUCAACGUUUUUUGAGGCUGGUAUUGGAUUCAUACUGUACGGAAAACUUAGACUUGAAGGCCAAAUUUGUAAUAUAGACUUUCCUUCUACUGCAGAAAUAGGAUUUUCAAAGUUUCCACUUGACGUAGGGAUUAAGAUGGAUCUUAAAAUAAAACCAUUGAAACUCGAACUGUUUGGUCUAGUUACACUGGAAGUGAACCUAUUGUUCGUUCGCUUCAAGAAGACGUUGUUCAAAAAAAGGAUUUGGCAUUACGAAAUGGCUCAAAUUUCAACACGUGUGAUAGACGCUUCCACGAAGGAAGAAGAUGUCAGUCCGCCUGAUUUUUCACCAGUUGUAUCUAAAACGAGUUCAAGAUCUGGACGCGCAUUAACAGAAUGUGUUUUACGACAAAUUGCAAACAGAGACUACACCGAACCAGCGUUUGAAAUAGCUGUCAAAGCAGCUGAUGACAGAAGCAACGUAAAGUUCUUUUUAGAUGUCGGAACAUUUCAAGGAGGGAAUGAUAUUGUGUCCAACAUGCAAUUAGGUGGUUCAGAAACAGUUGUGAAAACGGAAAGCAACGAGUAUCCAUCUGGAGUCCCUUUAUACUUCAUUAUGUUCGCGGAAAACAGCGCUGGCUCUAGAAGUUUGCUCAAUUGUGAGCUAUCUACUUACGAUAGCACUCCACCGACUGGGCGUGUAAAUGUGGAAUUUACAUCAACUAGUAACCCUAACAUAAUUCGAGCUACAAUAUUAGUUCAUGAUGAUUCGGAUAUUUCUGAAACGUUAGUUGCGAUUGGACUUGGGACCGAACAUUACGGUGAUCAGUUACUUCGAUGGGAACAUCUGAUGUUAAAAGACAACUCUAAUAGAAAAUUCGGAAAUCAGCCUUUGGAUGAAUUCACGCAGUUGCAGGAAGGAAAACUAGUGACUUCUCCAAUAAACUUCCUGAAUACCGUAACUGCAUCUGACUGUGCGCAAGAAUGCCUUAAAAUACCGCCAUGCCAUAGUUUUAACUACGACUAUGGUCAAUCAAUGGCAUGUGAACUAUUACCAUCAAUGAGGCAUUUUGAUGAAUCUUUGCACAUGGACUCGCAGUUCCAUCAUUUUGAACGAUUGUCCAGUGGCAAGUUUGUUGAAAUAAGCUAUGACUCUUUUGAUAUGCGACACAAUACGCUCCACUUUGUCAACCUAGACGUAACGAACGUCCUUGGGUAUAGAUCAGUGAUUCACAGUCAGGGGAUACUGACAGAUUUCUCAUGCCCCGAACCAGGGCUAAUAUUAAAUGGAUCGUUGGAUGCGUUAAGUUUUGUCAAUUGUCAUACGCUAGUUCCAUCCGACAGACCUGAUCUCUCCCGAUUUUGCACUGGUCAGACUGCAGUUGUUCCCAAUCAUCGAACCGUUAUCGACGGACCAGGUUCUAGGACUGUGUUUAAUGGCGAUAAUCCUAUGACCGAAACAUUGUAUUCAAGGAGUAAUAACUAUAUAGCCGCCAACUGGGAUGGAAUCCAUGACAAUGAAACAGGUAUUUUGGUCUACACAUGGUUUGUUGGAAGAAGUGUGUGCGAGGAUUCUAUUCAUCCUGAUGUUGACCCACAUAAACACCUACUGCAUGAAUCCCACUGGCGAAACAUCGGAAUUAUAUCUUCCUCAUCGACAAACAAAAACAUAUUUCCACUGUCAUCUGGACGCUACUAUGUCUCCGUCCGAGCUAUGAACAAAGUUCACUUCGGAGGGUUCCUAGGAACGACAAUUUGCCAUUCGAUACCUUAUGUUAUCGACAUAACGAGUCCAUUCAUAUAUGAGAUUUACGCCAUUAAAUACAAUGAGGACACAUUUCUUGUGUCAGCACUUCAUAAUUCGACGGACGAAGAAUCAGGUAUUGCAUACAUGGACGCUUGUCUUGGAAGAGAUUUAUGGAGUUGCAAUAUUAUGAGUUGGGCGCGAAGCUCAACAUUGACAUUAAUUCAGUUUACUUUCCAAAUUCCUGACGGAACACCAGCUUGGCUUAGACUUCGAGCAACGAAUAAUGUUGAUUUGCAUGUAGUGGAAAGGGCGAACCGAGCCAUUCUCCUAGAUGCGAGUCCACCGAUAGCAGGUGUUGUCAAUGAUGGUGAAAUAUAUUCAGAAGACUUGCAGUUUACAAAGUAUUCUGAUAAGAUUUGUACAAACUGGCAUGAUUUCCAUGAUCCUGAGUCAGGAAUUUCAAAAUAUGAAAUAGGUGUUGGAUCUAAACCUGGAAUGUUGGACGUUGUUGGGUUGGAAGGUGUUAAACAUAACGAACACUUAUUUUGUUUUAAACUUCAAGAAAAUGAAACUUUAGUACACGAUAACGUUUACUACAUCACUUUAUGGGCGUUUAAUGCUGCAACCAAUAUGAAGAACGUUUCCAAGUCUUCCGACGGAGUGAGAGUUGACCUGACGAAACCUUUACAAGGCAAUGUUGUCGAUGGUGAUUUCUCCAACUUUAAAGACAGAAAAUACAGCCACUCAAAAUCGUCUGUACAGGUACAAUGGAACAAUUUUCAUGAUCCCGAAUCAGGUAUAAGGAGCUAUUCUGCAUCAGUUGAAAGAAACAGGGCUGGACAAACAGAUGUUGUUAAAACUGAGGAUGAUAUCGAUGCUGCUUUGACGUUUGCAGCCUGGAAAAAUUUAAAUCUUAAACAUCUGGAUUACAUUCGUUCAACAAUCAUAGCUUUCAAUGGGGCCCUUAACGAAAACUCAAAUUCCUCAGACGGUAUUUUAAUAGACCUUACCUCACCAACUUUCGAAUUUAUAUAUGAUGGGACAUCACUUGGUACAGAUAUCCGAUUUCAGAGCUCUCUGGAGGAAUUGUCUGUGAAUUAUGAGGUGCAAGAUAUUGACUCUGGUAUUGUCGAGUUGAAAGCUCAAAUUCAUAUCGUAAAUCAAGGUUUUACAAAACAAUUGUAUCCGGGAGGAAGCGGUGAAUGGAUUGUGCUUGAAAACCCCAAAACAACCGUCUUCACCAAAGAAAAUUUACAACUUACUCUUGGAUCCAAGUACAAAUUUAGAUUUGGAGCUGUCAAUGGUGCAGGACUCACGGCAAUUUUUGAAUCAGAUGGAGUGAUUACAGAUAAUACCCAACCAGAGCUUGAACAUCUAGAAGUUGGAGUUCUCAGUGGAGACGAUGAAGAAAUUGUAUUCGGAUACGUUUGGCAGGCUGAUCACGAUGGCAUAAAGGCGUCGUGGGUAUCAAGUGACCAUGAGUCGGGAAUCAUAGGUGUCCGAUUUGCUGUUGGCACAACGCCAGGGUCAGACGAUGUCUUAGGUUGGACCACACAGGAGAAGUAUUCAAAGGAUGCAUAUCUACCUUGUGUGCUUACUGACACUGAUUUGUCUGAUAGCAACAAUUACUUUCCUGUGUAUUUUGUAUCACUUGCAACUCAAAAUGGUGCUGGCUUGUGGAGUCCAGUUAAAACAUCUACGCCUAUCGUUGUUGUACCGGAAGAUGUCACGGGUAUAGCUGUUGACGGUCCAAGGGGAGGCAUUUCAAAUGACAUUGAUUAUCAGGGUGAUAUGCAUACCGUAACAAUGAGUUUCAGUGGAUUUAAAAGUUCUCUACAUGGCAUACAAACAUAUGAUUGGGCAAUAGGAACUACUCCACAAGGAGAAGAUGUCCAACCGUAUCUGGAAUAUGCAAUACGACAUUCUGAGACAGAAGUGUCUGACCUUCAUGGAAUAGGAAACGAAGGACAAGCCCAAGUUACGGUGGAUAUCGAACCGAAGAAAACAUAUUUUACCACACUCAGAGCUAUAACAAAUGCUGGAAAUAUUUUGCAAACGAAAACAGACGGUUUUAUUGUGGACACUACACCUCCAAAUAUUAAUAUCCUAACUUUGAGUUCACAGUCAUUGGAAAGUGGAAAGUCGGCAUUUCAAAUAGACGAAACAGCUUUAACUGGAACAUGGUCUUACCAUGAUAGUGAAAUUCACGAUGCCAAUAACGUAGACAAUAUACUACAUACGACAUUUUCCAUAGGCACAUACCCUUUUGCUACCGAUGUUGCUAACAUCAAAAACCUUAACGCGUCUGUUGACGGAACGUCUUCUAUUGACGAAAAAAGCAUAUUGCCAGCGUUACAAGGUAUUCCGAAUAUUCUCUCUGUGACGGUGACAAAUAAAGCCAACAUAACCGCCAAAGCCUACUCCCAGUCAUUAAUCCAAGACAACACAGAACCCGAUACAGGAAUUGUGGAAUGCCAUGAAUAUAUUCAAAGUCACUUCAACGUUACAUGCGUGUGGUCAGGAUUUGCUGAUCUCCAAAGCAAAGUAGAACGAUUCUACAUAUUUUUUGGUUUUGAAGAAGGUUUUGACAACAUUGCUCCUGCUUAUGAAUUAUCUGGAGAUGUUCACAGCUAUGUCACUUCAGCAUUACCCGUUAGCCAUGCAGAUACAUUUUAUGCGACUGUCAUUGCCGAGAAUUCCGUUGGAUUGCAAGUUCGUGCUUAUUCCUCUCCAAUAUCAGUAGACGAUACUCCGCCAGUUUCGGGUGUUGUUGUUGAGUUGAAAAGUGCGUCGUACAUAGAUCCAAGUGAUUAUGAGAAAACUGUGCAAUCUACUAAAAUGGCAUGUGAAAGUCCUGAUGAAUGCAAUAUGGUAGAUGCCGUUUGUCAGGAGAAAAUGAACACUAUACGGGCUGCAUGGUCGCCAUUUAUUGACGCCGAAUCCGGAAUAAAAAGCCUGCAGGUCGCUGUAGGAACAAUACCCGGUGGUGGACAACUUAAGCCGUUCUUUCAAAUACCAAAUUCUGCGCAAAACUAUGAGAUAAAUGGCAUCAACUUGUAUGACAAAAGAGAGAUCUUUGUGACGAUUAAGGCAGAAAACAAUGCCGGAAAAACUGCAAGUGUUAUUUCUAAUGGCGUCUUUCUCUCAUACCUGAGCCAAGAAAUGCCUCCCUUGUAUCAUAUUGGCGUAUAUGAUAGUAAUCAGCAUUCGAUAGGGGAUAUCGAUUACCAAGUAGAGACAUCAUCUCUGGAAGCCAAAUGGGAUGUGUCUGGUGACCCAUGUCCUAUCAUAAAAUAUGAAUGGGCAAUAGAAUCUACGGACGGAAGAGUCAUACAAAACUUCACAGAUAUGUAUACGUCAACGCAUGGAGUGAACGAUCAACUUGAUCUCAAAGAAGGUGAAAGAUAUUACAGUUUACUGCGUGUGACAAAUGCUAUUGGUUUUUCUUACACUUUGCGAUCUAACGGCGUUACUGUCAGUUCCGACGUUCUUAUACCGGGAGAGGUUUAUGACGGUGCUAUACAAGGAUACGAUUUAACAGUACAGCAAUCCCGAACGAACGUUUCAGCUAAUUGGGAUGCAUUCGGCAAAGUCAAAUCAGCCUUAGAGGGUCAGCUUGAAACAGUGAUUUGUUUUUGUUUUAUUCUAGGGAACCAGGGAUUUGAAACAAAUUCGGAGGAAGCACCAGAAAUAGAAUAUUAUGAAGUCGCACUUGGAACCGAUAGACGCUUUCCGAAAACAAGAGAUAAUGUUGUCCCUUUUACGAAUGUCGGUCGAAAAACAUCUGUAACCUUUCUUAAUCUUGACCUUGACUCCGGGGAUGUUGUUUACUAUUUCACCGUCAGAGCAUAUAGCAAGACUUUUGCCACGGCUUUUGCGAUGUCCAAUGGGUUUUAUGUAAAGUUUAACGGAGGAGUGAAUGCGGGUGAAAUAAGCAUGCCUAGCUUUGUGAACGACACAAAUCAGUUACAAUAUUCUUGGAAUGGUUUUUCAUCCGAAGUGGACAUAAUGGUGUACUACAUUGCGUUAUCCAACGGUUUUGCAAACGAAAGCGAUUGCAAAAAAUAUAUUGUUGGGCAGAAUGGUUCAGAUAUGACAACUCCACUUUUUAACAUAGUCGGCGUGACGAACGUACAAGUUGAUACAAUGGUUCUGCUGGACAAUCUUGAUCUUAUCCAAAAUAAUACCUACUAUGCAUGGGUGCUUGGUCUUGAUAAAUCCGGCGAAUGCAAUAUGACUUACCAUAGAUUUAAUGUAGAUAUAACACCGCCAACGAUAGGAAACAUCACCGCAGGGCCCUAUUACGAUAUGGACAUUGCCUACUCCUCCUCAAGUGACACACUUCGGGUUCAAUGGAAAGGUUUUGCAGAUAAUGAGUCUGGAAUAUCAAGAUUUAAUUUGACCUUAUGGACGAGCAGUCAUUGUAGAGAAAAUGCACUUUUGCCAACUGUGUCAUUGGACGUUUUGUCCGAGUAUACCAAUCAUACAUUUUAUAAUAUUACCCUAAAGCCAGAAACUGUUUACUUUGUGUCUGUGGAAGCUGUCAAUAACGCUUUGUUGAGAACGGUAGCCUUCACAUCGCCAAUAAUCUAUGACAGUUCGAAACCAUCAGCUGGAUAUGUCGCAGAGGGAGCCGAUAUAAAGGAAGAUGUUGUAUGGUGGGGAAAUGCAUCAUCAGUAAUAGGGACAUUACUACAUUACCCGUUAUGGGUGGAUGACGAAUGCCCUCAACAAGAUGCAAUUAUGACUGGUGAAGAUUGGACUGCUCUUGAUAUUGAACACAUAAAUGACCCAGAUGGAAUUCAAUGGGGACUGAAAUAUAGACAUGCAAAUGUGCAUAUUGUAAACAAAGACGUAAUCAAAAUCAAGAUGUCAAGAGAUACAAAAUUUAAACAACUGUAUUCAGGAGCCUAUAUGAAAUCCGCUGACUUUGUAAAUGACGGUCUUUAUGAGAUCAACAUAAAAAUCAACGAAAAUGACGGACUUGCUGUCACGGGCGUAACAUUUUGGGAUGGUGAAAGUGGCGACCUGCAUUUGUUUGACCACAACCCAGUGGAAAAUUGGUCCUCAAUAGACGAGUGUCUAUGUUGUCAAGCGGAAAGCGAAGUAAAUGAAUGCCCUUGCAACUGCACAGAGUAUUGGAAUAAUUUUGAUAGCAAUGCAACGUCAACAGAUUAUAGUGGAUCUGAAUCGGCAUCAUUAAAUAGUACAUUGUAUAGCAGCUUAGUAGUCCCUGCAGAGAGGGCGUGUGGGAUUCAGAUAUAUGGAGGCUCAAACCCUUAUGUCGUUACUUGGUGUAGAUUCAAUAAUACAUCAUAUCAGCCCAUGUCAGUAAAGUCAAAUUUACAAUUUGAUCCUGCAGAGAAAUAUCACAAAUACAGCAUUAAAUUUUUGGCCAAUCGAGAGGAUUUGCAGGUUACACAGUGUAUCAAGGCGUAUGCUGAUCAAUACGAACUUUCUGAAAUGUGCGGAAUACCUCAGCUUUCAAAAACGACAAUGCUAAUACUACACGUAUGGAACAAAAACAGCAUUAUUCCUGAGAUGAACGUGUUUAAUAGUUGGACAAGCUAUUCGUUCUUCAAGACGUUGAAAUUGCCACCAAAUGACUCUGAACUCUGUCGGUACGCUCAACCAUGGAAAGGAGGCACGAAUCCGAUAAUUUCUUAUGAGGCCGGCAUCGGCUCAUCCAGAACCGUAACUGAUGUUGUUGACUUCAGACAGGUCAUUCAACCGUGUAUCCCGUGUAGCGGUCUUUGCUCGGAGCUCAUUUGUAACAGCAGCUGUGUCCGCGACACUUAUACCUCAAUGAUGUUCACCAUAUAUGAUACUGAUUUAUCAUUUCAUACAAACGGAUCUUUGUAUAUAAUUGUUAAAUCAUUACUGGGUUCCGGCGAAAGGACACUGUCUGCUUCUAACGGUUUUUACAUAGAUACAUCGCCUCCUACAUUUGAUCUUGAAGCAACAUUUUAUAUCGACGUCAACCAAGGAGAAUUUACGCCGGCCGAAUACCAAGGUUCAAGCGAUACCAUCAAAGCCGUUUGGUUUUGCGAAGACGACUUAAACGAAAUAAGGGAGUAUGAGUGGGCAAUCGGAUCCUACAUUGGUGGCGAAGAUUUGCAGCGCUAUACGUCAACUGGAGUCACUUCAAUUGGAACAAACACAAGUUUCGAAGGGAUACUAAAAAGCAAUACAACGUAUUAUGUAUCUGUCAGGUGUACAAAUGAAGCUGGCUUAGUGACUGUGUUAAACGAUACAAAAGGUGUGACCGUUUUACUUGAGGCACCAAGUGAGGAUUCUAUCAAUACUUCCGCGGUAAAUGCAGACAAAUUCGAUGAAGACGUUUUCCCACCUACAGCUUUAGAGACCUCGGAUCCAACAUCAUGUGGUGAAAGAUGGAGUGAAAGUUCUGAUGACACUGUGGAUAGAUACGAUUUCUGCAUUGGAAGUUCAAAGAUGACACCAGAUGACAUAGUGCCAUGCGUAUGGGUAGCAGUGAAUACCUCUGGCACAGUUGAAAUAAAGGAUGGUCAUAUGUAUAUAAACGGUGUUCAAUACUUUAAGCUUUCAGAAUUGCAAGCAUACAGUAAAGCACAUUACACGGUAAAGAAAAACAGUAACAAUUCUGAAAACAUAUUUAACAUGGAACCAGGGCGGACUGUGUUUUUAUUCAUGAGGAUUUGUAACAAAGCACAGAUUUGUUCAUUCAAACUGACAAAUUCUGUAAUUGUUAAAGGAAAGGAUUCAUCAUUGGCAAUUUCUAAAAAUGGAACAGCGAUGUCCGUAAUUCUUGGACAGAGUCCAGCUGGGAAACAAAAACGUAGCUCUGAAUACAGCAUCAACGCAACUUUUCCAGGAGGUAUGAACGAUGGACAAAGUGUUUUGCUUAAAGAACUAUCUGAAAAAGAACUAACAACAAUCUAUCAAUCUGACGCAACUCCUGCAUUCAAGCCCUAUAUUGUCAAUCCGUUUGAGACGUUAAACAAAACUGAAAGGCUUCUGUACAAGAGAACAUAUUAUGUUGAAAAAUCGUUUACAAUCAGCCCAAUCGGCCAGGAGGAAUUAACGGGCGCUAUUGAAAUAACCCACCAGCAAAUAAACUUUGACGACUCAGAUCCAGACAGUAACAUCACCAUGCUCCUACAUUGGAAUCCAGAUGAAGAGGAGUGGCAGAUAUCUAGCAGAUCUUGUCAGGAUAAUUCUGACACCGAGACACAUUACCCGGAUCUAGGAGUCACCAUUGUGAAGGUUUGCAAUACCCGUACACAUAACAGCUCCAACGAUACACAACAGUACAUGUACAAAGAGACGCAGUUUGCAGUGGCAACCGUGAGAGCGGGACCAUUCAACAGCCCACCGUAUCUCAUUUCUCCGCUUAACAUCUCACUUUUAGAAGAUUCAGAGUUCGUUACUUUCCAACUAUAUGCUCGUGAUGAUGAACUAGAUGACAUCGUGUUUACCCAGUUCAACUUUCAACAUCCGAUAGGAAACAUCGAGUUAAAUAACUCGGGCUGGUUAGAAAUUGAACUGUGUGCUAACUGUUACGGACAUCUAUCACUCGAGAUUGAACUGAAAGACACACCUUCUUUCGUUGAAGUAACACCUGCAAAAUCCAUAGGAACAAUCAAUGUAUACGUUGUGGAACAAAAUGAUCCGCCAACUGCCUUGCUGUAUUCAAUGGAAGGAGAGAAUCUGCUAAAGUCUGACCCGACAGAGCCGGUCAUAUUCAUUCAAGAACAACAAAUAAAACCGGCGGUGUUUGACUUAGCAAUUUUUACAGCGUUUGACGUAGACAUUAAUGAAUCAAUUCAACUUGAAAUUUCGGCCUCACUUUCAACCUCAAGUGGAUUCUCAGUUCAAGGUUCUGAACUGCCGUCGUGCAUUGACAAUGUAAGUAUAUUAUGUUGUCAAUGGGAUUCCAUAUUUAAUUAUGACAAUUUAGUAUUUUCUGAUAUGAGGUUAUACUAA